AUGCCUUCCCCGCUGGCUCCCCGCCACUGCCUCCCAGGCGAGCUGCCUCCCUCGCUGGACUCCAGGCCCUGCAGUAGCCCCUCGGUGCUCCCGGGAAAGCUCUUGGCGGGCAGUGCCCCUUGGCGCGCUCCCCGGCUGCCUCGCCGGCUGGCCUGGUGUCUCAUCGACUGGGAACAGGUGCGCUUGCUCCAUAAAUUAGGAGCUGGAGGGUUUGGCUCAGUGUACAAGGCGACUUACCAUGGCGUCCCGGUGGCCGUAAAGCAAGUGAGCAAGUCCACCAAGGAUCUCCGAGCCUCCCAGCGGAGUUUCUGGGCUGAGCUCAACGUGGCCAGGCUGCGCCAUGACAACAUCGUGCGGGUGGUGGCCGCCAGCACCCGCACGCCUGCGGAUUCCAACAGUCUAGGCACCAUCAUCAUGGAGUUUGGGGGCCCUGUCACUUUACACCAAGUCAUCUAUGGUGCCCCCAGCCACACGGAGGAAAAGGCCCUGGAGCCUGUGUCCUGCCCGGGAGAGCAGCUGAGCGUGCAAAAGUGUUUCAAGUACUCCCUCGACGUGGCCAAAGGCCUGCUUUUCCUGCACUCCCAGGGCAUCGUGCAUUUGGACCUGAAACCGGCCAACAUUUUAAUCAGCGAGCAGGAUGUCUGCAAAAUUGGCGACUUUGGGUGUUCUGAGAAGCUGGAAGAACUGCACGGGUCCCGGGCCCAGCCUUUGCCCCUUGGAGGCACCUACACCCACCGCGCCCCCGAGUUACUGAUCGGAGACCCCAUCACCCCGAAAGCUGACAUCUAUUCUUUUGGCAUCACGCUCUGGCAAAUGGUCACCAGGGACGUGCCUUACUCCGGUGGUGAUCGGCAGUACGUGCUCUACUCGGUGGUGGCCUCCAAUCUGCGCCCCUGCCUGGCCAAGGCCGUUUUCACCAGCUCGCUGGCGGGGCGGGAACUCGAGAACCUCAUUCGGGGUUGCUGGGCGGCUGGGGUGCAGCGGAGGCCCAGCGCCCACCAGCUCCUGGAGGCCUUGAACUUCUUAAAAGUCGAAUGGCCAACUCCAAACCUGUAG